AUGAGCAAAGCCAGGCUGGAAGACACCGACGUCCACUGGUAUCGGAAACUACCUGGGCAGGACAUGGAGUGGGUUUUAACACACAGGGCAGGAGGCAGAUCAGAGUUGGGAUGGGGUUUCACUGGGAAAUUCCAGUCUUACAGAGACACGUCCAACAGCAGCUUCAUCCUGACAGUCACAGACGUGGUGCACAGUGAUUCUGCUGUCUAUUACUGCAGAGUGUGGGGGAACAUCGAUGGGAACAGCACCCAGCUCAUCGUAACCAAUCCCGCAGAUGAUCCCGUCCUUGUGCAGUAUCCACCGGUCAGCAAGGUGCCAGAGGGAGUAACUGUCCAGCUCCACUGUGCCUUGUAUAACGCCAGUGUCAAUGUCACCGAUGUCCACUGGUACCACCAGCAGCCUGGGAACAAGAGCCAGUGGGUGUUGAGUCACUUUGUGAAUGACUCGGUGAGCAGGUCCGGGGGUAUCUCUGACCGUUUUCAGUCUCACAGGAAUGGCGUGAGUAACAGUUACAUUCUGACCAUCAGCAACACAUCUAUUAGUGACACUGCAGUGUACAACUGCAGUGUGUGGAAUUACAUCUACGGAGGAGGAACGCAGCUCAAUGUAACUGAGAUGUCCCGAGCCCCAUCGUACCUGGCCUGGAUCAUUGUGGCUGUCGUGCUGGGAGUUCUCGCUGUCACUGGAGGCAUUUUCCUCAUCAGACGCAGAGCGUUUAGAAACCACCCGUCCCACCCACCCACAGCAACUGAUCACCGGAGCCCAGGGGCAGAUUAUGAAAAUGUUUCCAUGACCAGGGGUGUCCCGGUUUCAAGAGGUCACCAGGGGGUCGAUUCAAACAACACCUACAUGGCUCUGCAACGUCCCACUCAGUCCAUCUACGGUCAUCUCCAAGCUGACAAUAAACCACCGUCUACCAGCUGAACCACAGUGGGAAUCGUCUGUGUGGCCUUACCUGGAGGGGAGGAACCCCGGAUGGAUUUCUGCACAGACACACUCAUCAGACGUGGAAAAGUUUAAGGCCCAGACAUUCUACUCAUUCAACGUGUGAGACAAGAAUUUCACCAGAGACAACAUUUGGGGUGUUUCUAUCAGGGGGAACCAACCCUGGUGG